CAGAUGAUACGCUGCCAGGCUGAGUCACUUCUUUUACGGCGUUGGCGCGUCUUCCCAUUCCCAUCCCAUUUAUUUAUGGUGUUUUCAUUCUUCGACUUGUCGGACUCCCUGUAGCUUCACUUCUCCGUUCGGUUGUUGUUCGUUAGACUUGCUUAAUCGUGUAUUGUUGAUCGCAAAAGCUUGACGAGUUUCGCGCCUGUUGUGUUAUAGAGCCUGAACAGUGAAUAUUGUGUAAUUUCAUAGUUUUUCAAUCAUUUUUCUUUUAAUUUUAUAAUUUUUUCAAUCACUUUCGGUUAUUAAGUAAUCCGUAUAAAUCCCAGAUUCGAAAUGGAUUUACCUCACGUUGAUACCUGUUGCUUUGGAUUAUUGCCUUUGAAAACCGGCUCGCUCAUUUGCGGCAUUGUUUCCCUCAUUGUUGAGAGCAGUUUUCAUGGAUAUUCUUCGUUGCACACCGGCAAUGAAACCAUCAAAUUGAUAUACGAGAUUCUAAUUGUAUGCGGUAUAAUAGGAGCGAUUCUUCUUAUUGUUGGAAUAUUGAUGAAUCGAUCAUCUCUUGCCAGAUUGUUCAUUGUGGCAUUUGCGUUACUUAUUAUAUUCACCAUCGUCAUGUGUAUCUGGGUUCUGCUGAGCAAUAGAGGCAGAUUUAUAGAUCGGUCGGAUUAUAUUAUCAAUACGGUGUUAUACGUGUGUAUUAUAGGAUACUGUGUCAUCGUGGUGAACAGUUACUACAAAACAAUGGGUUAAACCAGCUUCACAAAGUGCACAGACUGAAUGCCUAUCUACGUAGGUAUUUAUUACCUAUACAAAAUGAAACAAACUGCAUGUGUGCGAGAGCUUAUUAUCUCAUACUGUACAAGAUACGAAGCACGUAAGAUUCGUGUCAAAUUAUAAAAUUUAUAAUAAUAACUUAAUUUAUAUAGGCACUUACUACGCCAUAAGGUUAUGUUUUUCUUGUUUUCGGUUUUGUUUUCUGCGUGAAAACAGAAGAAAAAUGUUUUUAUGUAAUUUAAGUAUUGUUUACUUAUACUCGUAGGUAAUAUUUAUAAAUUUAUCCAGUCAGCUUUUCUUUUUGUACGUUUUCAUAUUUUCGGUUAAAUAAUUUAAUUUUCAUGAUAAACGAAUAGUUUUUCUUGGUUUUA